CAAAAAUCGAUUCAUCUUGUCAUUGCAAUCAAAAGACCAAGUAAAAGCAAAACAAAGGCUUGGACCGAGCAAUUCGUUUUAUUUUCCAAUCCAAAAUCCAUUUAGCAAUAAAAUAAACACAAAAAUGUGCAUUCAAUAAGAAAAGUAAACGGCAAUUGAUCAAAAUUUGCAUAAAAAUGGCCGCCUAAAUUAAAAUUACGCAUCAAUCAACGUCAAGCAACCGAUAAGGCACUCUCAAUUUCGGGAGGAACCAACAACGAUGGAUAGGGAUAGCUAUGAAAAUAACACUCUUGACCUAUCAGACACCACUGAUGAAUCUUCUUCAUCCUCCAAAUCUGGAUUAUUCCAAGGCAACCAGCCAUUCGUACUAGAUCUCCAUGACAUAAAGAAGGAUGAACCAGCAAGAGAGAAAGUGACUCCAGGAGCUAAAGGCAAAAAGAACAAGCGGCGUGGCCGUCCUGUUGAGAAUAAACCUGCAUCAAACACGUCAUCCUCUGCGUCGCUACCUACUACAGAGGCUGCUGGUAAAGAAGAGUUUUAUGAUGCGGACGGAAGUUUCCAUGACGUAGCAGUAAUGGACAGACUUAUUCAUCGUAAAACUAAGAACAAAAAACCAGCACCCAAACCUAAAACAACCAAGAAACGGCAAAGUGAUGGACCGACUUGUUCUAAGUUCCUGACUGAACUUUCCAGAAAGCUUGCGCUAAAAAAGAGACAGGAAGAAGAAUCACCAAAGAAUAUUGUGGAAACGAUUAUCGAAAGCAUCACUAAUGCCCUGCCUGUGAAAUUUUCGAAAAAAUCUCCAUCGAAAAGAGACUCUCCCAUGAAAAUUGAAACUUUAAAAACAUAUGCCCCUGAACUUUUGCCAAAUGAUACUUUAUCAGUCCCGCCUACAAUUCAAAACAAUGAAAAAAUUCUUCCAUUAAGUGAAGAAGUGCCAACAAUAAGUACUGAAAGACUAACAAAAACAAGAGGUUUUAGAAUGCCAAAAAUGCCCUUGGUUAGCAGCGAAGUAUUUAAACAGUCUGAAAUGAAGGUAAAGGUGGUAAAAGAGGAUGUAGCUGUGAACACUGGCGGGGAACAUGAUGUUGCAAGUGAAAUAGCCAAACACGUCGGUACUCUGCGAAAGAUAUCAUUGAUAGCAGAAGAGUUUAAUCAGAAAACAGCUAAAAAUUUAAAAGAAAUAGUCGAUAGUGUCCAAGCAGACCUUUUGAAAAAACUAGAAGAAGCACAAGCAGAGCACAAAGCUUCAAUAUUAGCAAAUCAAAUGAUGAUGAAUGAGCAAAAAGAACCUCAAGAACAAGCAUUAUAGAAGAAAAUAUGAAAAAGCUAAGUGACAAGAAAUGAUUUGUCAUAACUAUAUAUCUAUGGUCAUAACCAUGAUGUGAAAGAAAAUAACAACAAAGUUCGGUUCUUCAAAAUUGUUUAAAAUGUAUAAAAAUCAAAUAAAAAUAAAUAAAACAACACUGUAAAAACAGUUUUUAAAUUAAACCCUAUAUAUCCAGUGCGAACUCUUAAUUAC